AUGGACAAAGCAUGUGCACAGGGGACAGAUCCUUACCUCAGUUUAUUAGAAUACAGAAACACCCCGGUUGAUGGACUGAAGUCACCAACACAGUUGCUGAGGAGCAGGCGCCUGCGCUCAAUUCUCCCAGUCACUGAAAAGCAACUGCUGCCAGAGCUUGCCUGUCGCAGCACAGUCCACUGCAGGAGAGAACUGUGCCAAAGGCGGAAAAAGCAGUACUACGACCGAACAGCCAAAACACUGCCUGCACUACCAGUGGGUGCCACAGUCCGCUACCAGCUCCCAGCAGAGACGUGGAAACCUGCAACAGUCACAGAAACAAUAGGUACCCAGAGGUCAUACAACAUCUGCACUGAUGAAGGUCACACAGUCAGGGGAAACAGGCGUCACCUUUUGCAGACUCCAGAAGGUGGUUUCAUAUUUCACUUUGGGUCAUACUUUGAUAUUGGGCUCUUUAAAUACUUAUUGUUCACAAUUAUUAUCGGUUUGUAUGCUGUAAUUAUUUGUGCCAAUGUUUUGCUUAUUGUGGUUAUCUGUAUGAACAGAAGCUUACAUGAACCUAUGUACCUUUUUCUGUGCAGCCUGUUUGUAAAUGAACUGUUUGGUAGUACAGUAUUAUUUCCAUUCCUUCUGGUUCAGAUCCUCUCUGACAUUCACAUUAUUUCUGCUCCCUUCUGUUUCCUGCAGAUUUAUUGUGUGUUUGCAUAUGCAACUAUACAAUUUAUUAAUUUAUCCAUCAUGUCUUAUGACAGAUAUCUUGCUAUCUGUUAUCCUCUGCAAUAUAACACACGUAUGACAUCUAACAAGGUUGCAAUGCUUAUUGCGCUAACAUGGUUAUUCCCAUUUAUGGAAGUUGCUGUCACAAUAUCUUUGAGUUCCUCUUUACAGCUGUGUGGGAACAUCAUUAACAAAGUUUACUGUGACAAUUACUCUGUUGUCAAACUGGCCUGCUUUGACACCACAGUGAACAACAUUCAAGGACUCUUUAUCACUUGUCUUGUAGUCUUUUGUCCUCUCAUCGUAAUUCUUUACACUUAUAUGAGGAUUCUUAAAGUGUGUUAUUCUGGUUCUAAACAGACCAGACAGAAAGCUCUCAGUACCUGCACACCUCACCUCGCUUCCCUGAUUAACUUUUUCUUUGGUUCUUUCUUUGAAGUAGUGCAGAGCAGGUUUAAUAUGAGCAGUGUACCCAUGAUGUUGCGUAUUAUUUUGUCAUUAUACUUUCUGACCUGCCAACCAAUCUUUAACCCUUUAAUGUUUGGUUUGCAAAUGUCUAAAAUACGUAGUCUAUGUAAAAGUCUUAUCUUUGGUAAAAUGUAA